CCCCUCAAAAAAAAAAAAAAAAACAAACCAAACACUUGUUUCCAUAAUCAGGUGUUUGGGAACUCCUUCUAAUCUCGAAUUUCCAUUCCCAUUUAUCAGGUUCCAAACCAGAAGACAACAGUACCUUCGGUUUGGCGUGGUUCCAAUUUUGCUGAAAUGGCUGCAUUUUUAGCUCGGAAAUCACUUCAAGCUCUUCGUACCCGCCAGCUGGCUGUGGCUGGUCAAGGACUGCAGAGCUCCCAGAAUUAUGGCAUGCGAUUAAGUGCACACUCCUACGCUACCAAACAUUCAUUCUCGAACGAUAAAGAUGACGAAGAAAGGGAGAAACUUGCAAGGGAAAUUUCAAAGGAUUGGAGUUCUGUGUUUGAACGUAGCAUCAACACACUUUUUCUCACUGAACUAGUUCGAGGUCUAAUGCUGACUCUGAAAUACUUCUUUGAACAAAAAGUUACUAUCAAUUAUCCAUUUGAGAAAGGCCCUUUGAGCCCUCGUUUCCGCGGUGAACAUGCACUCCGACGGUAUCCAACAGGAGAGGAACGUUGUAUUGCUUGCAAACUUUGUGAAGCUAUAUGUCCUGCUCAAGCAAUCACGAUUGAGGCUGAGGAGCGUGAAGAUGGCAGCCGCAGGACAACUCGGUAUGAUAUUGACAUGACCAAGUGCAUCUAUUGUGGAUUUUGUCAAGAGGCAUGCCCUGUUGAUGCUAUCGUUGAAGGACCGAACUUUGAAUUUGUUACAGAGACUCACGAGGAGCUUCUGUAUGACAAAGAGAAGCUGCUUGAAAAUGGGGACCGAUGGGAAACUGAAAUUGCUGAGAACCUGAGAUCUGAAAGCCUUUAUCGCUGAUAAUUCCCAUUGGUUUUUGCUUGUUCCGGCUUAUUGAGCACUGAUAAAUAAAAUGAUCAACGAAUGGUCUUCAUGUUUGUUACAUCAGUUAGUCUUUUUGGUUGUCAUUUAUGGCAAGUAGACGACGGUGAUGGCCCUUUCCCCACUUGAAAUCUUGAACAAGAUAUGGAAAUAAUAUACAAAUUCAAGAACUUGAUGUUCUUACUAGUUAGCCUUAAUUGAUUCUUGUAAGUGCUGGUGCAUGCAUUGCAGCAUGUAUUAUCUAAAUGCGUGAUUAUCGUGUUACUUCAUAAAUGACUUUGAGGCUUCCAUGAUUUCACCAGAGGCCUGUAUUUUUAUUUUCCUGAUGAAUAUAUAGACGUCUUCUAUAAUAGUAGAAA